CCAAAAACAAAACAUUCCAAACAGCUUUUAAAAAUGGCAGAAAUAAAACUUUCCUCAGUUUAAAGAAAAGUAUAGAAAAGAAAAUGCCAAAUGUUAAUCAUUUUAAAGCCUCAAAUUUCAGAUGAAAUGGAUUUAUCCUCCAAACUUCCACAUAAAACGAAAGCAUACCUAAAGAACCUAAAUUAUUUUUGGAACCAAAAAUCAACAUCGGAAUUUGGGAAGCAAAUCGCAACUUUUGUUUAAUAAAUUGUCUGCAUCAAUAAUAAUUGCUGCAUGAACUACAGAAACCUUCCUAAAUACUAGACCAAUUAUUUCUGCAUGAUUGGUGGACAAGGAGCAGAAUAAUAAUGAUCACAUAAAUCAUCCUCUUAUUUUGAGUUGGUUCUGAAAUUUACAGAUAGAAAGGUCAGAGUUAACCAGAACAUCUACUGACAAUAACAUAUACAAUGAAUAUAUCAUUCUAUUCCCUCUUGCUCUAAUGACAAGGACUUGACUAUUUACUGCUAUAAACAUUACAAUGUUUUCAAAUUAUAAUUAUGUUUGUACACUCUGCUGGUCCAGAACAGACCAUGGUGAUGAAUCAUGGAUGAAAGAGAACUACAGCAAUGAAAUGCCAGAGAUAUCUCCUUUUUUCCCUUUUGUUUCCUUUUUUUUUUUUUGGGGGGGGGGGGUGGUUUGUGAUGGUUCAACCCUAAAACCUUGAGAACUACAGAAACCAUAUCCCACUAGUAAUCAUGUCUACCCAAUCAAUCCUUUACGUUAUCAUGAGAAAACAGAUGGAAUGUUGACAUCACAAUAAUGGCUACUCCCUCCGUCCCAGAAUAUAAGAAGUUUUAGAGUUAGACAUGGUUAUUAAGAAAGUAGGUAGAAGUGAAUGGUGGAGGGUUGUGAUUGGAUGAGUAGUGGAGGUAGGUGGAAAAAGUGAAUGGUGGAGGGUUGUGAUUGGUUGGGAAGAGAAUGUUGGGGGAGAAGUUGUUAUAUUUUGGGACAACUCCUAAGGGCUAAAAGUAGUUAUAUUUUGGGACGGAGGGAGUACCAACUAAGGAUGCAGAGCUGCAGGCUUAGUGCUAUUACCUGCCUGGUGUGCACUUAUGCUAUUAUUUCAAAAUACCAAAUCAUCAUUACAAUAUUGUUAGUGGCAAUGCGGCACAUUAUAAAUUAGUAAACUAGGAUCAGAGCAGUUGUUUGACAAGUUAGCUGGAAUAUAGCUUAUGCUGAUCCAAAUCAUCUGAUGUUAGCCAUGAUAUAGUCCAAUAAACUGGCAUCCAGAUCCAAUUAACUGGCCUGCCAGUUUCCCCGUAACCUGAUUAACCCAAUCCAUCUAAAAAAAAUCAUCAAACUAUACAAUUGCAGAUUGCAAAGGCAGAAGCACUAUUGCUACCGAUCCAGAAAUCUGUGCUUCACUUGGAGAAUGAUCUGGAGAGGAAAUAAACAAUUAAGAUAUAUUACUAUCAGGCAUUGCAUGUGAAAGUACAGGAUCAGAAGUGGUAUGGACUUUCAUCCGCCUGGUGGUUUCUUAAGUUACUUUCAGGAUCCAUCAAUUUUACAGAAUCAUCGACCUUUUGUGCCUCCAAAUUAUUAUCCUGCUGAACAAGUAGCACCAUGUUCAAAAUUACAUCCAGGAGCACAACAACCUGUCAACAUUGAUAGUGGUGAUGAAGAAGCCCCCAAUGUUAGGACUGAGAAGCGGUUGACAUGGUCAACAGAGGAGGACAUAAGACUAGUGAGUGCUUGGCUAAACAACUCGAAUGAUUCGAUCAGUGGUAAUUUUAAGAAAAAUGAUUGUUAUUGGGGAGAUGUUACUGCUGAGUAUAAUAGCACCACUCCCAAAAACAGGACAAGGCAAGAAAAACAAAUCAAAGACCGUUUUCAUAAAAUUAAGAAAAAUGUUGGCCGUUUCUGUUGUGUUUAUAAAGAGGUUAAAUCCAUAUAUGUUAAUGGACAAAAUGAUAUGCAACUCAGGGAAAAGGCUGAAGCAGCAUAUCAAGCAGAUUACAAGGAAGGCCCAUUUUCAUUUCUGCAUUGUUGGAACAUUCUUCGUGACCAACCAAAGUGGCAUGCUUACUUGGAGGAACUUGAGAAGCCAAACAAACCAAAGAUGGAUGAUGAAGUGGAAGUGAUGGAGCAAAUGUCCACUCCUAACAGUCCUGAAGAUAUUAAACGUCCAGUAGGAACAAAAACUGCUAAGGCGCAACGUAAUGGUAAAGGCAAACGCAAAAGGAAGGCAAAGGUUUAUCUAUCAGAUACUGAUGAUGAAAUUGACAAGCUUAAAGAAGUUCAGGAGAUGGCAAAUAAAGGUCGUGAUGAACUACUAGAGACUCAGAGGCAUGUUGCUAGUGAUAACCUUGAAUCAAAAAAGUUAGCGCACCUUGCAGCCAUGGAGCACAAGGAGGCUGUUAUGUUGGAAACAUAUCGGUCUCUCAUGUUACAAGAUACAAAAGAUAUGCCUGAUGAUGUUAGAUCCGAGCAUUUGAUGGCAUUGAAGUGUAUGAGGGAGAAGUUGUUUCCGUAAUACUAAGGGACAAUGGAAAACUUUGGUGCUAGCUUUUUGGUGCUUUCUGCUAUGGUUUUGGGAGGUAGUGAAGGUGCUCAAUUUGGCAGGUUGGCAGCUUGUUUUGGUUCUGCUUGAGAAAGAUAAUCUAGUUAUAAAGUAAUUUUUAGUAAUUCGCUGGUGUCAUGUAAGAACACUUGUGUUGUUACCAUCUAUUGGCAGUAUGGAUCAUUGUAAUGGCCUAAUUUCUUUUGUCGAAUGUUGAUGUAUGGAUCAUUGCAACAGACUAAGUUAUUUUGUCGGUCUAUGAAUUAGUUAUUUGUCAAUCUGUGAACAUUCUUUCGAUCAAGUAACAAUCUGAAUCACUAUUGUACUGUUUA